UGCGCUAAAGUUCUUGCAUUAAUAAUCUGUAAUUACCAGAAGCAAACGCUGUUGCACUUAUCUGCUCUGUUUUAUUCAAUCCCUACCCCCUCAACGUGCAAUAUUAAUAGCUCGUAGCUGGAUUAAUGUGCACCAAAGGCGAAAUAUGAACGUGUUGCCACCGAACAAAGGAAAAAACUUUUGCUGCAGAGGAAUUUGCUUCAAUUAGCUUAAAGAAAAGUUGAAAAUAAAUACACACAGAGCCAAAAUGUGGAUAGAACCCAAGGAGUUGCUCCUCCUGCUGCCAGGAUUAUGGACUGGAGAGAUGUUCUCCAAGUACUUUGUGUUACAGAAACGUCGAGGACAUGGAGAAUCUGGUGGCUUUGGAUCCAUGCUGGUCGGUACCUUUGAUAGUGUUAUGAGCACAAAACCGGCGCCAUAUCGAAUUCUGCAUCAAACACCGUCCUCAGAAAUCUCUUACGAGAUUGCCAUUGCCACAACUCAAGAUGAAAUUGUUAAGGACUGGGAGUGGCUGCAAGUGAAUCUCUUCAAUGUGCUCAACGAAAUGGAGAGUGAGGAGGAGGUUACCAACUUUACUUUAUGCAAAAUAAAGUCGCUUUUUGCGCAAAACAACCAAGACGAUCCAGGGGAAUCGGCUGAUUUUAAAGUGAAGACAUCGACUUUUAAAUCUAUUUUCAAGAUGCCAGAAGAGGAGCGUCUGGUCAACACAUAUGCAGCCACCUACGUAAAGAACAAAAUUCCCAGAAAGGGUCAUUUAUAUAUCUCGCUGAAUCACAUCUGCUUCCAUUCCUAUAUGCUGGGGCAGGAAAUUAAGCGUAUUAUACGUUUCGCCGAACUGGAGGACAUCAGUAGACAUGGCAACAUUAUCUAUAUAAAGACCACAAACAAUAUGCAAUAUAAUUUUACGCUGAUUUUUGAUGCCAGCGAAGCGCAUUCCCUGAUCGAACAGCUCAAUAAAAUGGCCAUACAACAGUUGAUACAGAACCCCGAAAGUCCAGUCGUAGAUCACGAUACUUCGAGACUAACGCGUCUAGGGGCGGCCAAUACCAAGAAUUCCAAGAAGCCCGUCCUAUUACGCGAUUUGACGGCUCGGCAGAAGUCCGAAGAGUUUCGCGUGUACUUCCGACUGCCACAGUCAGAGAUCAUCGAUGGCAAGAUCAAAGCAAAUAUAUAUACGCCCUAUUCGAAACGCUUUAAUUCGGGCCAUAUACUAUUAUCGCCAAACUUCCUGUGUUUUCGCAGCGAUGUCAAGGAUUUGGUUAGCGUUGUCAUUCCCAUGAAGACUAUCAAGAGCGUGGAGAAAAAAGAUGAUGGCCAACAACGUUAUGACAAUCAAAUUGUCAUAAUAACGUCGGAGAAUGUGCCUUUUGUGUUUGCCCAGAUCAUUGAUCGUGAGGUGCUGAUCUCGAAAAUCACUGAUUUACUAUCACGUAUACAUAUACCCGUGAGUCGUGAACGCGCCAAAUAUGACAUAUCAUGGAGUAAGCAGACCGCACUGAUGAACACAUUCAAGACAAAUUUUAGUGCUGAGAUGCAAAAGAAACAGGAGGAGAAGUUGGCACGCUGGGAUUCGCAUUUUCGUGAUUUCGGUCGCGGCAUUGGAAUGUUCAGAACCACAGAUGUGAUUAAUUUAAUUGUCGAAGGCAUACCGGACAAGCUGCGGCAAGAGAUCUGGUUAAUAUUUUCAGGCGCCAUACACGAUAAAGAAAUGAAUCCGGGACUAUACGAGGAUCUGGUGGAAAAAGCUGCGUGCAUAAAGGAUUGCUUUGCGCACGAUGAAAUCGAUCGUGAUUUGCCGCGGUCGUUACCUGAGCAUCCGGCCUUCCAGAGCCCCGACGGCAUCGCAGCAUUGCGACGUGUCCUGCAGGCUUAUGCCUUGCGAAAUCCACAGGUUGGCUAUUGCCAGGCCAUGAACAUUGUGACAUCAGUGUUCCUACUGUUUUGCGAUGAAGAGAAUGCCUUCUGGAUGUUGGCCAGUCUCUGCGAAAAUCUCCUGCCUGACUAUUACAAAGACAAAGUGGUGGGCGCUCAGAUAGACCAGGGCGUGCUCAAUGAGCUGGUGGAGACACAUUUGUCAGAUUUGCACGAGCACUUGGACCAACUGGGUGUCAUCAAGAUGAUCUCUAUUUCGUGGUUUCUCACAAUAUUCAUGAGCGUCAUCUCAUAUGAAAGUUCGCUGCACAUAUUGGAUUGUUUCUUCUAUGAGGGCGCUAAGAUCAUCUUCAUGAUUGCUUUGCAAGUCAUCGAGUGGAACCGGGACAAGCUACGUCGGUGUCAGGACGAUGGCGAAGCAAUGCUGGUACUGCAAAAAUUUCUAGAAGGCAUCCACAAUCCUGAUUAUCAAGUGCCACCAUCAACAGACAAACGCAAAACAGAGCGCACCCAAACCCAGACAGUGCAAACGCUUAUCCAUGAAGCGUACACCAAAUUUGGUGAGGAACUGACACAGCAACGAAUCGAAGAGCUACGUAACAAGCAUCGACGCCUGACGAUGCGCCAAUUCGAUAUUGACAACGAGAAGACUAUUGUGAAGGCCUUCGUAGAUAAUCCAUACUUUGAACGCGACGAGCUUCACAUGCUUCUCACCAUCAUACGGGAGGAGAAAAUGGCUCUCAAGUCUGUGCAGCAGCAACAGAAGACGCAUGCCAACAUGAGCGAAGCGCCCUCAUUCCCACAAUCUCCGGCACGCGCCGCACCUGGUGAUUCUUCCGGCGCUCGUCAUGAGGCCUACUGCGUUAACUACGAAGUAUUCCACACGCUCUUCAACGAACUUACGCCCUGGCGCAAGUGUACAACGGUGGAUAUUGGCGAAAAAUUAUUUCGGUUGACGGACAAGAAAAGCACGGGAGUUCUUGAUUUUGGUCAGAUCAUCCAUGCCCUGGGCCUGGUCUGUUCCUCCAAGUAUACGGAAAAGUUGAAACUCAUGUUUAUUUUGCAUUUGCCACCACUAUUGUCCAAGUCGGAGGUAGAACGUGCGCGUCGUCCGCGUCCCCGCAACAAGGACGAUGCCGAGGAGGCCAUAGAAGCGGAGGACUUUUUCGACGAUGAUCCGUCGGAGUCAAUUGAGGCGCUACCAUCCCCAUCGGACCAUAAUUUCGACGCCGAUGAUUAUGCAUUGGUCAGCGCUACACAACAUAUGUACAACUUGGCUGGAAUAUCGGGCCACACCUUCAGAGAUCCUUUGCGCACCCCGAAUUUGUCGUUAAACUCGAAUGCAUCUUCAUUGCCCGCCCAACCAACACGUGCCUCAACAUUCUAUGUGGAUCUGCCGAGUGAUUUGGCUGCUGGAGGAGCUUCACAUGGUACUACUAAUACACGCGCAGACGCUGGGCUGGACGAGGAUCGGGACAUCGGCCUGAGCCAGCAAGGUCGUCAUGAAUCGAUUGACACAUUUUCGGAUAUUUCAGAUUUAGGCGCUGCUAAACUGACGCCUCCGCAGCCAACAGCGGCGGAGCAACUGAUGCUGAACGUCGAGACUAUAUCGAAUUUUUCACAGAUCAGCGACUUGGUGGCAACGACGCGAAUGGAACGAGCCGAUUCGAAUAACACAGAUACGCGAAGCUUAGGCAGCUUAGGAUAUCUGCUCGAUCAGCCUGAUGAUAGCUCAUCAAAUCGGCGACUUCUUCCGCAUAUGCGGAAGGAGAAUUUUCAGUUGCUCUGGCGCAGUAUUAUUGAGAUUUUGGGUUGUGUCCAGGAUGAGGAGAUGCGACGUGCUUAUGAAAACAUGAUUGAAAUGGGAAACAGCAAUAUCAGAAAGGAGCCGAGCGUUGAGAGCUUUACUCAACUAAAUUUGGGAGGCAGUGGAGAUGAGCAACCGGACAGGAAUGGCAAUCCAACGACAUCCGCAGCAGAACCAACGAGCACCACUCGACUAUUUAUAGCGCUUGAGGAGGAGCUGCGACAAGCGGCACUUCUAUCUGGCAGUGAGAGUAUUAGCAGUGGCAAGCCAACACCCCCCAGCAGCAGCAACGCAUCGAGUGAUUCUUAUGGUUGGAACAUUUCCAUCAGCCAAUUCAUAGCCACUGUGCUGAGCGUCCCCACCAUUGUCAAGGGUUUCAUAACGCGCACUAAUAUUCUGGAACAAAUCGAAUUGCUGCAAAAGAAACGUCGAAAGUGUCUGUCCACAAACUAUUGAAAUUGUGUGCCGAAUUAGUGCGUCCGAAUGUCGUAUAUUGUUAUAGUUACAAGCAUGUCCCCUCCCUCACGGUAGGAAUGCCUACACGUGGCCAGCUCUUGGUGUCUAAGCAAAUGACUUCACGCUCGUGUCAGCGGACACAUAGCAUAUGGCGAACUGAGCUAGCACAAGCAUUUUAGCGGCAGCGCAUUGCCUUUGUUCGAGAAGUGCGUUGAAAGAAUUAUCUUCUGCAAAAAUCGUAACACCCUCCUAACCUAUUUUGUUGUGACUUUAUUCACUCAGUGAAUGAUUGUACUUUUAAUAAAAUAAUUGUAAAUUUGUAAUGAGUUGCUUUAAAAAGGGAAAACAUACAAAAUUUUGAAAAGUCGUACUUUUCUUUAAACCAAUGUUACGAUUCUUGUUAGAUAACAUUCUUUCUAUCGCCUUAUUUAGGACUGUUUUAUGUGCUGUCAUAACUAAAGCGUUCCACGUCCCAGGUGCAAAAUGCAAACUGUAUUAGUCCCACAACUCUUUUAAAUUACUCCAUGUUUUAUAUAAAAUAUACGAAACUGUAUUUCCAAUUUAGUUAAGCCAAUUGUGAAUAUGUGUAACUCUUAAUAGAGUUUUAUUAUAUAUAUAUAUAUAUAACGACAAA